CUGAACAAAAAGAAAAAAAAAUCUCACUUUCACGCGUUCAAGAAUCUUGCUUUUCUUCCUCUCCUUACAUGAUCACUGAUAUGUGUCGGUGACUGAAAGAACCUGCUCUCUAUUCCUCUGAUUUAUCAAUAAGUUCCAGUCUUUAAUCCUUUUGAGGAAAAAAAUAGAAGUCUUUCAAACUUCUGAAAUUUAAGGUUCAUCAAAUACACAGAUCUUGUCUGAAACCUAUAUCUCUGAGAACUGACAAAUGGGUGUGUUUAAAUUCAUCUUCUUGUUAUCUAUUCUAUGGAGUUUCUACAGUUUAGGCUCAUCUCAGCUACAAGCUUCACAAGCACAAGUCCUUCUCCAGCUGAAAAAACACUUAGAAUACCCAAAACAGCUCGAAUCUUGGUACGAUCACAAGACCAGCUUCUGCUAUUUACAACCAUCACCGUUGAUGAACAUCACUUGUUUGUCUAAUUCGGUCUCGGAGCUUAACAUCUUCGGCGAUAAAUCAUCAGAAAAGGCCAAAAGCUUCGAGGGUUUUGCCAUCCCUAACGUUACUCUAUCUGAUAGAUUCUCAAUUGACUCAUUUGUCACUACACUGUCAAGGCUAAAAUCCCUUAGGGUUCUUACUUUGGCUUCUCUAGGGAUUUGGGGACAUCUCCCUGAGAAACUUCAUCGGUUAACUUCACUUGAGUACUUGGAUUUGAGCAAUAACUUUCUGUUUGGAUCAGUACCCCCAAAGUUGUCUGCAAUGGUAAAGCUAGAGACUUUCAGAUUUGAUCAUAACUUCUUCAAUGGCAAAUUACCUAGCUGGUUUGAUUCGUUCUCGAAUCUCAAAGUUCUUAGCUUUAAGAGUAAUAAGCUAUUUGGAGAGCUACACUCUUCAUUACUCUCUGUGUCGACAAUCGAGUAUAUCGAUUUGAGUUCAAACUCUCUGAGUGGUUCACUACCGGAUGAUCUGAAAUGUGGAAGCAAACUCUGGUUUGUCGACAUUUCCGACAACAAGUUAACCGGAAAAGUUCCUCAUUGCUUAAGCAGCAAGCAAGUCUGGGCGGUGAGAUUCAAUGGAAACUGUUUAUCUCUCCAGAAACAGCAGCAUCCAGAAUCUUCUUGUGUUAAAGAAGUUCGCGCGGCGGAAACUGCUGAAGCAGAGGCUGAAGCAGAGGCUGCAGAUGGAUCAGGACAAAGAAAAGGGAAGAAAGGAGCUUUAGUCGGUUUGAUCGUUGGUAUAUCAAUGGCGAUAUUGGUUCUGAUCUGCGGUGUAUUCAUAUUGCUUAGAAGAAAAGGAGUAACAAAGAAGCAUUUGAGCCAUAAAACAGUUCAUGAUAACCAUCCAUCAAUUGGAUUUUCCUCUGAGAUACUCUCAAAUGCAAGGUACAUUUCUGAAACAUCCAAGUUUGGUUCAGAGGAUUUACCGGUAUGUAGACAGUUUACCUUAGAAGAGAUAGUUAAAGCUACAAAGAACUUCGACAAAACUGCGAUUCUCGGUGAAAGCUCAUUAUAUGGCACGCUUUACAAAGGGAAUCUUGAGAAUGGAACAAAAGUGGCUAUAAGAUGUUUGCCUUCAUCGAAGAAAUACUCUAUAAGGAAUCUAAAACUGCGGCUUGAUUUGCUCGCGAAGCUUAGACACCCGAAUCUCGUUUGCUUGUUGGGUCAUUGCAUAGAUUGUGGAGGAAAAGAUGAUUACAGCGUCGAAAAAGUCUUUUUGAUUUAUGAAUUCAUUCCAAAUGGAAACUUCCAAUCUUGUAUCUCAGAUGAUAGUUCGGGGAAGGCUAUGAAUUGGUCAGAGAGACUGAAUGUUCUUACAGGUGUUGCAAAGGCUGUUCAUUAUCUUCACACUGGAGUUAUUCCUGGAUUCUUCAGCAAUAGACUCAAGACUAACAAUGUCUUGCUUAACCAACACCGGUUUGCGAAGCUGAGUGAUUAUGGUUUGUCCAUUGUCUCUGAAGCAACCAGACAUAACACAGAAAUCGCAAAAUCAUGGCAAAUGUCAAGACUAGAAGACGAUGUUUACAGUUUCGGAUUAAUUCUUCUACAGUCGAUCGUUGGACCAUCUGUUUCCGCAAGAGAAGAAGCGUUUCUCCGGGACGAAGUGGCAUCGUUGGAGAGCGAGGAAGGAAGGAGGAGAAUGGUGAAUCCGACAGUACAAGCUACUUGUCGGAACGGAUCUUUGCUAAGAGUGAUAACUCUGAUGAACAAAUGUGUUUCGCCGGAAUCGUUAAGUCGACCAUCUUUUGAAGAUAUUUUGUGGAAUUUACAGUAUGCUUCUCAGUUGCAGGCUGAAGAUGGUGACCAAUAUUAAUAAUGUACAUAGCUUCUUCUCUUUCUUCGCUUAACAAAAAAAAAAAAAGAAAAAAAGAAAAAAGGCUGUUACAUGCUCUAUAGAUUUGGGUGUUGUGUAUGAAAAUCCCCUAUUAUUUAUGAAAUGAUCUGAAAAGGGAAAAUAAA